AUGUUCUCGUUUUCGUCUCCCAGCUUAUACAGCCUCUCAGUUGGUCAAGCUAUGCUGCUUCGCACCCUGCUCCUCACCCUCAUGAACCGUACCCAUCACUCACACGAUUACCGCAUCUCUGCUGCAACCCAGUUGGAAAUCCUUUCUCUUAUCGACCAGCUAAAGCGCCGCAUCCACAAAGCUAAUGCCAUUGCUCUCCGCCAAUACCUACCUGCGUACAUGGUGACGCUGGACGACGUGGACUUUGAUGUGGGCCGAGCCAUCUGCUGUUUGUCGCCCCUUGGAUCUGCUUGCCUACAAGGGCCACUGCUCCAGCAUGCGUUCCUGUCCGGAAAAAGAGAACAGGACGCCCAGGAUACAAGGAUGAUCUGGGAAAUGAUAUACAGUCCAGAGCUUGGUGUUCUGCCGGGCGAGACGUCCUCCAGCGCAUUACAGCACCUGACGUCCACGGCCAGCCAGAUCCUCCAGCGCUACGCUAAUCGGCCCGAUGACGGGAGCAUCGACAUGACGAGUCUCUCAACCCCUGCCGGUGGUGACUUCAACUCGUCCUUCAACGCCCACUAUUGGACACCCCAGAAAGACACAGCAGAGCGAUACCGAGAGUGGGCUGCUCGUCGAUCCCCCGACAGCGAGACGUGCUUGAUACAAAUUCAAGUCUCCAACGCUUUCAUUGAACGUCUACGCUCCGCAGGGAUAUGGUUUUCAGCGGACUAA